AUGUGUGUCUCUUUCUUUCUCUUCCUUCUUCUUUUACUUUUUCACACUCCGUCCAUUAGACCUGUGAACUCAACUGACGAGAACAACAACAAGACGAGUGACACUACUAAUAACAAUGAUGACAAACCUGUGUUGACUGUCAUCGCUCUUGUUGCUGGUAGUGGUCGUAUGAGUCUGAAGUUAUUGCAAGAUAUGCAUAACGCCCUGUCCUGUUCUUCUUCUUCUUCUUGUAUUCCGAUGUCUACUGUUGUGGAGCCACAUAACUUGCGUGUAGUGGAAGAUGACACUCCUCUCUCUUUUUGGGUGGUUUCAUGGCAACUUCUGCAGAGACCAUCUUGA